CCUCCCAGCUGUUGCCCUUUAACUCAUUACUCAUGAACGGGACCUGAUUCCAAAGGUCGAUGUUCAGUCAAAACAUUAGAAUCCCAAACCAUGAAUAUUGUGGGCCAGUUGGCGGAGACGGUGUUUGUGACGGUGAAGGAGCUUUACCGUGGACUUAACCCUGCCACUCUCACCGGAGGGAUCGAUGUCAUUGUGGUGCGACAGCCUGAUGGAUCGUUCCAGUGUUCCCCCUUUCAUGUCCGCUUUGGCAAGCUGGGUGUGCUGCGCUCCAAAGAGAAAGUUGUGGACAUUGAGAUAAAUGGAGAAUCGGUGGACCUGCACAUGAAGCUAGGGGUUAAUGGAGAAGCUUUUUUUGUGGAAGAAAAUGAAAACAUGGAGUCUGAAGUCCCAGCCCAUCUGUGCACAUCCCCGAUCCCUCGUGAGGUCCCUGAAGACUUUGAGGAGUCCCUUGAGGGAUCCUCCAUUGCUGGGUCUGGCGCCCGCAGGAAGAAACGCCGCCGCAAACGCAUGCGUUCGGACACUCUCCUAAGAGAGGAGGCCAGCUCGUCAUCGGAUGAGAGAGAAAGAGAGAAGGAGUGGGAGAGAGAAAGUGAUCAGACCGGACAGGAGAGUCCCACUAAAGAGGAGUCUGUCACACCACUGCACCUCAGUAAAUCGGUGUACUUCUCGCUGUCUGAGGAACCGAAUGACGAGCUGAGCUCACCACAGAGCAGAGACACUCAUCCACACUCAGACGGAGAUCAGUCACCCUCAGAAAGCAGUGUGUUCUAUAGUCGGCCAUCCUCUCCUAAGAGCGACUCUGAACUUCUGGUCAAACCCCAAGAGUCCUCUGGGCCACAGAUGCAGUGGAACUGGGGAGGUUUUCCUAUGCUGUGUCAAACGGAGAGGACACCAGUGGAGUUGCAGCACAUCUCCCCUUCUAACAGUUCUCAUUUCCGCACCAUUGAGAGACAGGAUUCAUUUGACAUGGGCUUUGAGCCUGUGAUCAGCUGUGGCAGAGUGGGCAGUAUAACAGUGGUCAGACCACAACCCAGGACUCAUUCCCUAGACCUAGGUAGCCACUCCAUGCAAGCCAUGCCUUUAUCCUCAGAGAAAGACCUUCACAUUGCCAAGUCCACUCCUAGUGGCCUCUCCGAGUCUUGUACAUCAUCAGCAAAGACUAGUAUGGACUCAACCCAGGCACAAGAAUCCACAAAGGGGCAAGAAGAGAGCAAAGACUCAUUAUCUUAUUCAGUUAGUUUAAUUAAUGAUGGUGAGUCCCUUGCUGGUAAAGUAAGUACAGUAAGUGUUGAGUAUGCUAGCACUGUGGCUGAUACAAUUAGCCUUGGAAGCAAAAACGGUGGAGUCACUGUGACAAUGGUCCAAGCAGACGGGAACAUUGUCUGUACAGAAUCAUCAAAUCUACAACAGCAAGGUGCAUUAUCUGAGCAAAGUGAACAGGGUUCUACCGGGAGUGGUCCUGUCAGUGAGGGGGAUAGUGGGAUAGAUCCCGGCGCUGAGGGAGGGGAGGAGGACGGUGGACCUGGAGUGACUGAUGGGUCAGUGGUAGGUUCACUGACCAACAAGGCUGCACCAAAAGCUGAGGAGGGAUCAGCAAACCCUUUGGAGGGAUCAGCAAAAAUGGAACAACAGGACAAGAAGAAAGGCAAACGUAAUCACCAUCUGGGACCAACAGAUAUUUAUUUGGAUGAUCUGACAUCUCUCAACCCUGAGGUGGCAGCACUUUACUUCCCCAAGAGUGAGGCAGAAGGAGCAUCUCAACAUGGGGCAGAACUGGGCUCAGGGAGCCAGUCACCACAGUCUGUGGGGAGCGGAGCCAUGGACAGCGGCACAGAGUACUUGUCAGAUUCCACCUCCUACAAUAUGGAUGUCAGCAUGUCCCUGUGUGGACAAGAGGGCGACACCAGCCAAAUCACUAAAGAAAAGUUUAAAGAGCACAUUGUGACAUACCAGGAUUUUGUCAACAAUCCAGGAAUCAUUGAGGAUCCGAGCCUCGUAAUCUGCAUUAACUCCAACUAUUAUAACUGGGCAGUGGCUGCUCCAAUGGUCCUAUCAAUGACAACUUUCCAGAAGAACCUACCAAAGAGUACUGUAGAGAGGCUGGUGAAAGACAAGAUGCACAAAAAGUCUGGACGCUGGUGGUUCUCCUGGAGGAGAAGAGAUAUGGACAAUAACCAGCAAAAAAACUCGAAGGAAGAGCAAGAAGAACCUCUGGCCCAUAUUCCUGACUCAGUAAAAGCCACAUUGGAUGAUAUCGACAGUGAUGAGGCAGCAGGUCUCGGCCGAAAAGCCAUCCUUCCUUCCAACCUGUCAACAGAUACCCUUAGUGCCACUCAGUGUAUCACCCAGAUGUACCGCAAAUCACUUCGUCUGACCUCUACACAAAUAGAGCACUUAAACCUGCGUGAUGGAGCCAACAAGGUGGUGUUCAGUGUGACAACUCAAUACCAGGGUACCUGUCGCUGUGAGGCCACCAUCUACCAGUGGAACUGGGACGACCGCGUCAUCAUAUCAGACAUAGAUGGCACCAUCACAAAGUCUGAUGCUCUGGGUCAUAUUCUACCUCAGUUUGGCAAAGACUGGACUCACCAAGGCAUUGCCAAACUCUACCACAAAAUACACCAAAAUGGCUAUAAGUUCCUGUAUUGUUCAGCCCGAGCUAUAGGUAUGGCUGCCAUCACUAAGGAGUACCUGCAGUGGGUCAAUGAUAAAGGAACUGUUCUUCCUAAAGGCCCAGUACUGCUGGCUCCCAGCAGCCUCUUUUCAGCUUUGCACAGGGAGGUGAUUGAGAAGAAGCCGGAGGUUUUUAAAAUCGCCUGCCUCAGUGACAUCAAGGACUUGUUCAACCCCCAGAGACAGCCCUUCUACGCAGCCUUCGGCAACCGGACCAACGAUGCUUGCGCCUAUAAGCAGGUUGGCGUACCUGACACCAGGGUAUUCACUGUCAACCCCAAAGGAGAGCUCAUCCAAGAGAAAACUAAAGGAAACAAGUCCUCGUACAGCCACCUUAGUGAGUUGGUGGAGCAUUUCUUUCCCAUGCUUUCUGUAGAAGGAAGCACAAGCUCUUCUUUUGACUGUCCUGAGUACAGCAGUUUCUCCUAUUGGAAGGAACCCCUGCCAGAACUGGACCUGGAUGAACUAUUGUAGACACACAAUCCCCAAAAAUGCACACACACACAUUUUAUGGCAAACACAUUAGCACACAUUCUGUCUUUCUUUACUCCUUUUCCAGAAAGGCAUAUCAGAGCAUUUUCCCAGCAUGCCUGAAUACUGCCUUUGAUGGACCUGCCAACUGUAGUGCCUGUUUAUGAGCCUCUGAAUAAACAUGGAACACAAAGAGGCAACUGUCCCUUCUUACACUGCACUCAAAGAUGGAGCCAAAUUAAGUCAUGAUAUGCAUGGACUCUACAUUUCAAAAAUAAGUGUAUAAACCAUCAUGCAGUACUUAAUCUUGGUGCUGUUGCAUUCCAUAUUUUGCUGUUUUGUAUGUGAAAAUCCCAACAACUGGACCGGUAUGCCUUUAAUUUUCUCAAGAUGAAUAUUGUUUUAGUUUUUUGUUAUUAUAUGUAGCAUAGACAUUCACAAAUAUAAUUUGGCAUGAUGACUCUUGACAGUCUCAGUCAUGUCAGCAAAACAAACUUGGACCAAAAACUUAAUUUGUAUAAAAAUGAACUUUGAGCUUUAUCAGAUGCCCUUUUUCGAAUGGAUGCCUAAUCCUGCACAUGCCAAAACUGUGUUUACAACUAUUGCCUGUUUUCAGCGACUGAACUGGAAUUUUUUAGAAGACAGCUUAACGCUCAUGGCAGUGAUGUGACCAAAUCAAACAAACCCAGGCACAUAGCUACAAAACAAACCUGUUAUCCCUUAUUUAGUGGAGAUGUGAGAGAUUAUGUGUUGUUGACGACAGAGAACGUUUUUGGACUUGAGUGUAUAUUUGGGAGGUUGUUUUUUUUUUUAGCUAAAUGUACCAAGCAACCACACAUGGUGUGAUAGCCGGGGUUUACCCUGAGAAAUCCUGAGCUUUAUUCUGUUGUCAGUGUUCGUUUGUCAAACACAAGACAGUUUUCAGAUUUUUUUUUACCUCUGGAUGGUAGGCUAGAUUUUAGGUGCGAUAAUUGCGAGUCAGCCUGCAGGUUGUAAGGCAAAACAGCUUUAUUUGGGUUUAAUACACAAAGACACAAAGAAGUCGAUCUGAUAAAGGUGGUCAUCAUUGUGAAACUACAGCAUGAACAUUUUAUGUCUUCCUUUAAGGUACUGUACUACCAAGUUUAGAAAUGUUUGCACACUAAGUGAAUGUGGGGAGGUGGGUCAGACUGACUAUGACUUUCAUUCCAGAGAUGUGUAAACUGACCUUGGGUGGAAAUUUAGAGUCUGGUUUAGGCCUGGCGCAGUGCCUUCAUAACAUAAUGACACUGUUAUUAUUAUUAUUAUUACAGCAUAUUUAUAUAUAUAUAUUUCAUCAUUUGAAGUGGUUGAUGGACUGUGUGGAGUGGACUGAGUGAAGCUGAGGAAUUUGUUAUUACUUUGUAAACAAAAUGUAUAUAAAUAAUAAAAUGCAAAUCUGG